AUGUACGGUUUAGGAAGGGUUUUCCUUUUUGGAUUCUCUAUUUCUUUAUGUCUGGCAGCUCCUUCUUCCGAUAAAGUAACGGAUUUACCAGGGUUGACUUUCACUCCUGAUUUCAAUCAUUACUCUGGUUUUUUACAAGCUGCUACUGACAAGUUCUUUCAUUAUUGGCUGACUGAAUCUUCUCGUGAUCCAUCUAACGAUCCACUUGUUCUCUGGCUCAAUGGAGGUCCAGGUUGUUCUAGUUUAGAUGGACUCAUUGAAGAGUUAGGCCCAUUUCAUGUUAAAGACAACGGCUUCUCAGUCUAUUACAAUCAAUAUGCAUGGAAUAAAUUUGCUAACGUUUUGUUCUUGGAAUCUCCUGCUGGCGUCGGAUUCUCUUACUCGACAAGUUUCAAUUUGACAGUUUCUGACGACGAGGUCUCACUCCAGAAUUACAAUGCUCUUGUAGACUUUCUCUCCAAGUUCCCCGAAUAUAAAAAUCGCGAAUUCUGGAUCACUGGAGAAUCAUAUGCAGGUGUUUAUAUUCCAACGUUAGCUGUUCGUAUUUUGAAUGAUAAACUCAAUUUCCCAAAAUUCAAAGGAGUUGCCAUUGGAAAUGGAGCACUCAAUUUCCCGAAUAACUACAAUACAGUGGUCCCCUUUUACUAUUAUCAUGCAUUGGUUCGAGACGAUUUGUACAAUGAUGUUGCCAAAAACUGCUGCGAUAACAACAUUGGAACUUGUGAUAUUUACAGCAAGUUUUUCGACCCUAAUUGCAGAGAUAAAGUUAUAAAUAUUCUUGAUGGCACCAAUGAGUUGAACAUGUACAAUUUAUAUGAUGCUUGCUACUAUGACCCAAGUUCGAAUCUCAAAAAAGCAUUCAUAGAAAGACAAAUGAGAAGAACCGUUGGACUACCGGAGAGAAAACAUAAUUUAGCUACAAAUCUUCCACUCUGUGCUCAAACGAAUAAUACCUACAACUAUCUAAACAGAGCUGCUGUUCGUGAAAGUUUACACAUUCCAAGUUCUCUUCCAGCAUGGGAGGAAUGCAGCGAUGAAGUCGGCAAAAAGUACGUCGUGACACAUUUCAAUGUAAUCGCUGAGUUUCAAACUAUGAUUGCAGCUGGAAUCAAGAUUCUCGUUUACAACGGGGACGUCGAUACGGCAUGUAAUUCAAUCAUGAAUCAACAGUUCUUAACAUCUCUCAACUUGACAGUUCUCGUUAGGCGAACAAGAGAUAGUGAACAAGGCAUGGCAUUCUCCGGUCAGACUGGUGCUGCGGUAGCCGGUUUCCAAACUAAAUUUGCCGGAAAUCUCGAUUUCUUAACAGUUCGUGGAAGUGGUCAUUUUGUACCGGAAGACAAGCCAAGAGAGUCUCAGCAAAUGAUUUAUAACUUCCUUCAUAAUUUGGACUAUUCAACCCCCUUGAAUCUUUGA